UUGAGGCUCGCCAUUACUGUCAUCCUCAGAACAUACAACACAGGCUGCUUUAGCUUGUGAAAUUUUUUCAUUAAUUCAACAACAUAAUCGAAUUUGAGCGAACGGUUGUUUACACCCCAAUUGAAGACGCAUUUGCAAAGCAUAUUGAAAAAAUUAGACGUCGCCAAUCGAAAAACCGGCUAAUUUUAACCUUUAAAUGUGUUUCUUGUUAAAAUUACUGUAAACUAUAGAAGUUGGGUUUUGUAGCAGAACUGACGCCGCGUGAAAGUCCCGAAUUGGUAGUCAAAACAAACAAAUUUCUCGGCAAGACUUCGAUUAGAAUCGAAAAUGCCUCGAAGUAAAUUGAUAAAUUUGUCAUACGGUGACAUAGCACCGGCUGACAUGACGCUAAAGUUACAAUGUUGGAAUGAGGACUUGAGUCCGGCUCAAUUGGCGGCAUACGAACAAGCCGAAAAGGAACAUAAUGAUAUCAAAGCCAAAUUGAACGAAGUAGUCGCUGCAUCGGGUGCUGAAAAUGUGUAUUUGGGUGAGAUUUUUGGUGCAUAUCAAGUGUCUGGUGCUGUCACCGGUUUGGAAAACAUUUCAAAGCCGGUCGCUGUUGUGCGAAAGGAAAACAAAGCACGUCAAUUGGCUGAAGAGAAACGCAUUCGUGCCGAACGCGAACGUGAAGCCACUCGUAAGCGAGACAAUGCAAAAUUGAUCGAAGUCAUCGAUGACGAUGACGACGAUGAAGAAUAUUUACCAUUGAGCAAACGAAUGGCGGCUAAAAAGAAUAUCGUAGUUGGCAAGCCGAAAGAAGCGCCGAAAGUUGUGACAAGAGGCAAAACAACGACACCAAUCGCAGAGAAAGUGACACACCGGCCAUCGGAGGGCACAGCCGUUGGCGGUUUGACGAUUGGUGAAACCAAAAAGAAGGAUAUCGUCGAUCUCACAAAAGACGAGCCGGCAUCAAAAUUGGCCGCUGAUUCACGUGAAGUUACAUUCAAUAAAUUGCAAGGAAAAACAUUCCCAUCGUUGGUGGUCGUGGCACGACCCACACUUAAGAUUAAAGAGACUAACAUCAAUGAUCGACCUGCACUCGAUGCUAAAGUCAAAAGCGUGCUCAUGCAUAGCGCCACGAAAUUCACCGAAUGGCUCAUUCAACAAGGUCUUGUUCGUUCCGAGCAAACGUGUCAGAUUCAUCCGAAAGUUUCACUUCAAUUGGGAAUGUAUUCGGACGCAUCGAAAUUUCCUUACUCUGGUGGAUAUGUUUGGAUUAGUGACUGUUGUCCAUCGCGAUUCGUAUCUGUUUUCAGUGGAUCACUAUUCGAAGGAGCUCAACAUCCACCUUCGGUUAUUCUCAAGCUAAUCUAUCAUUGGUCGUGUCAAACGAACGUGCAAAAUGUGGUGCAAUGGGUAAAAGUGGAUAAUUUGUAUGUGAAAGGAUUGUUCACAUGGUUGCGUGCCGUUUGUACGGUGGCAUUACAUCAGCACAUGACGUUGCUCGGUGGUUCCGGUAAGAAAAUCGAGGUUGGUGUCAUUUCACUGGGUACAACCAGUCAAGGGGGCCAACAGAAACAAGUGAAAGUCGAAGUGCUCGGUGUGCUUGAUCCAGUUUCGAAAAUUGUUCGCUUGCGUGCUGUCGAACCGCUGGCCGAUGGUGAAAAGAAUUAUAAAAAACGCUUUGCAAAGAUUCUUGAACCACUUUCAACAUGGGUCAAUAAAACCAGCACGAUUGCCACGGAUCUAACGGUGGACAAAGGAACACUUUUGGCAAUGGGAUACAAAUUCAUCAACCAAACAACCACACCCGAUGGCAAAUACACCAAUUCGAACAUUAUGGAUUACUUGAGAACGGUCGUUCCACGCAUGUUUCAGAACACAUUGUCGUUACUAUCACGUCAAAUCAUUCAACAAUUCUUGGACGAAUUGGUAUGGCGUGAAUGGUACGGAACAACGCCUGGCAAAACAUUCGAUCACAUUGUAUCGCAUAUUGCUGAACAGACCAGAUUCGAAGGAGCCGAGAAUUUGGUUAGUCGACUGUCGAAAGUGGCUGCGAAUCCAUUCCGUGAUUGGGCUCAUCUUUCAGUUCGAGCACCGGCCAAAGCAUUGCGAGCUGAUUUCUUCACGGCUGGCACAUCGAACUCGAUUCCAAACCCAGUCGGCCGUCCGCCAAAUCGAAACAAACGCAAGGAGCCAUCUCCUCCGCCAGUCAUUACUAAGAAGCAAAAGAUUGUCGUUAAAGAGGAGCCAAAACAGUACAAAGCAAAAGUGCCAGCAAGACGCGAAGAGCCACCGCCACCGCCGAAAAAAGAGCCGAAAAUUUUCCUCGAAUCAUAUUAUUAUGGCAUUUAUGAAACUGGCACUGAUAAUGAUUCGGGCAUCGCCGUUAAAUUCGAGGCAAAUUGUCCGGAAUGCCAUGAGUCAUUCACAAAUAAUAUUAAAUUCAUGGAUCAUAUCAAGCAUCAUAUUGCUACUGAAAAUGCACCCGACGACCAUACCGAAGUGUGUCGCUAUUGCAUGAAAACAUUUGCCAGCGCGGCUGUUCUAAACGAGCAUUUGUCAUCAACUCAUCCAUUGCAAACCAAAGACGGUCGCGGUGGAUUCAAGUGCAUCAUUUGCCGGGCCGCUUUCCAAACGGUACCGUUGUUGAGCCAGCACAUGGACAAAUUGCAUGUAACUGCCGAAAUGCCAUUUAAAUGUGGUUGUUGUGAUCAUAUGAGCUCAUCGCAGCGAUACACCAUCGAUCAUUUCUACUCGGAUCAUACUGCAUCUGGUGCACUUCAAUGUCCAUUCUGCUUGAAAGUCAUCGUUGCUGUUGCUCACAAUGAACAGUUGGUUUCGAACACGCAGAGAUUCUAUGACCAUUUGAAAGAGCACGUUGCCAGUUUUAGCAAUCAUAAGUCAAUCACAUGCACGAAAUGCUCGUUGCGUUUCCUUAGCAAGGGCGCCAUGAAGGCACAUCGACUCUAUGAGCACAAUUCACACACGAAUGUUCAACGACAGCUGCGCGAGCUGGUCAAAGACAGUACAUCGAUCAACAGGCCUAAGUACAAGAACUUCACGCCACGCGAAGCAAUAAUAUCCGUUUUAAAUUUGAACCAUGUAACCAUGUACAUGCCAAAUGGUCAAAUUUGUCUGGAAUGUGGCGACGAUUUCCAAGAAAGCAAUCACAUUCGCAACGUUGCCAAAUGCUCUAAAUGCAAGUAUCAAUCAGCAUGCUCUCGUGCCAUCUUGGAACACAUAUCGAAUUGUAACGGCGAAAGCAAUGUUGAUGCCAUGGUUCCGUGCCCAUUGGGCAGCGAAAUGUUCUGCAUUUGCGGUUAUUCGUCGUCGGAGGGUAAAGGAAAUAAUUCGUUUUAUUUAUACAUUUUAUUGACAUUUGGAUUUUUGAAAUUGUUGAUUAAUCUACGAAAAUUCUCUUUUGCAGGCAAUGAUCUAGCACGCCAUAUGGCCACUUGUGACCGUAAGAGUGCAUAUGAUAGUGCUGAGACGGCACAAGCCAAUACGGUUAAAUGCAAUAUGCUUGAUAUGCUCGGCCUAGUGCGUCGUGAGGGGGAAGAUGAAGAAGACAGUUCGGAUGGCCUAUUGAUUCCGGCUGAUCAGCAACAACAACUGCUCUCGAAAUCAAUUGAUCGCGAAAAUGAGGCCGAUCCAAAAGCUCAAGCAACAUCAUCUCAAAAUGCAAAUGCACCGAACGCAAUGGAUGAUUUCAACACGCAACUAUCAUUGGAUGACUUAGCUCCACCACAAUCAGUUGCUCCACAGCCGGAACCAGAUCGCACGCCACAAUUAAGUGACGAAUAUCAGGUGGGUCAUUCAAAUUUGGACAUCAACUGAAAAAUUUAUUAUAGAUAAACCGCUCAUGUUAAAAAAAAAACUUCAGUGAUGAUUUUUGAAUAUUUUCUUCAAAGAUGUAGAACUUUCAUAACCAAAACCAAUAUUCUUAUGAUUUAAUCGACUGAUUUUUCUCAUUAACUUUUCUUUCCCAAUUCAAUAGUCUUUGGCCACACCGCGAGUUGCAUACAAUGCUCCGCAAUACGAAAACAAUGACUACGAAAUGGCACCAAACAACUGAUGUCAUCCGUGUAAACCAAACCGACCAUUCUGAAAGAUGAACGAUGACCUCUUGAACGAAACACAAUCAGACUAAAAAUAAAUUGAAGACAAAAACGAUAAUCAUAGAGACAUAAAAAAGUAUAUGUUCUGGCAUCUGACUUGAUAAGUGGUACAUUCUCAUAAUUUCAACCGAUGAAUAAAUAAAUUCUAAUUUUAGUUACGCUAUCACAAAGAAA